UAUCCUAGAUGAGGACCGGUCAGACUUUCUUUACGAUUCAUUCGUCAGACCUUACGUUGGCAAGGCUGUGGACGGUUUCUACGAGUACCUGAACAAUAACAACAUGGAGUUCAGGGGUCCGCAUGGGCCAUACUAUGCUAAGUUCUGUUCGAUCGUCCAAAGUUCUGGUACGGGAAAAUCAAGACUAAUAAUCGAGCUCCGGAACAAGGGUGUUAUUGUGUUGUACAUGAACCUUCGUGAUCGAAGUGAUCUGGGCUUCCCUAUGCGAGACCUAGUGCCCGCGCGUAUAUUGACGGAAGAUACGGACUGCACUGCAGCCGAGUAUACCGCUCGUUGUUGCGCGUUCUUUACAGCAAUAUUUCAGACACUUCAGGAGGAUCUGAGUGGCAAAUUACCUCGGCUACGCUCCGGCAAUCCUGAUCCUGUAAUCAAAUCAUGGAAUGACCAAAUGUGCGAUAUGCGCUCGAACGCUCGUUCCGAGUUCUUUCAGAAAGUUCAUUCUCGAUAUCAGGAGACCCUUACCAAGAUCAAAAUACCGAACCCCGGAGAGAAAACCGACGUGAACCCCGCUGCGCCAACAGCAGAGGAGACCACCGCAAAGUUAGGGAGUAUGUCUCUCACAGACGAAAAGAUCAGGGCGCCGAAAUUGGAAGGCGAAUCAUUCGUCACGACAUCUUAUAACAACAUGCUGAUGGCUCUGGGUAUAUUGACUGAGAACAAGGACCAGGUCUCGAAUCAUGAUCCCAAACUCGUGAUAGCAUUUGACGAGGCCCAUCCUCUGAGCAACAUGAGUGCAAAGGGUUUUCGUCCAUCACAUAUCAUUGGCAGGACGAUCAACUGCUACUCCAGGAACAACAAUGCACCGGUCUGGGUCGUCUUUGCAUCCACGACCUCGCAAGUGGCAGAUUUUUCAGCGCCGAAGUCGAUCCAUGAUUCUCUGCGCGUAGCGGUAGCAGGCCAACUCCUCUAUCCGCCCUAUACACGUCUUGGUUGGGACCAGAAUGCAGAUUCUUUGUCUAGUACAUUGGCGAAUAAUGUUGCGAGCUUUGAUCACAUCGUUGGGUUCGGUCGUCCACUAUGGAAGUCACUCGUAGGGAAACGUCCUAUCUCUGAAGUUUUGGUACUGGCUGCCCAGAAACUCUGCAAAUCGAUCACAUUCAAUGCGAAUGAUGCGAACCAGGCUCUUGCUAUCCUGUCCCAGAGAUUCGGUCUCGACAUUUGCUUGGGUCACCCCGAUGCUGUGUCUUAUCUCGAAAAGGCAGUAGCUAGUUACCUGCGCAUAUGCUUUUCGACGACCGAAGAUAGGAUGUGGUCCUUCACCGGUUAUCCAUCGGAGCCCAUUCUGUCUUGCGUUGCAGCAAUGAUACUCCAUAGGACGCCUGGCGAUGUGGAUAAUGUUUUGUCGAUCUUGAAAAAAAAGAUUGAUGGUGGGAUGGUCGAGAUAGGACAGAGCGGGGAGUUGGCCAGCAGGCUUUUGCUGCUUCUCGCUAAGGAUCUCUUUGUCCGCAAGGACCACCCCAAUGGCGUGAUCCAGGAUUUACUCUAUUACGGAAGUGGGGAUGCGGAACUGAUCGACUGCCGGAAGGUCUUCGUCAUCGAUUUCCUGGAGUACCUAUUUGGCCAGACAUUCUGGUCGAGGACAGUUGAAGGGGCCAAGGCAGCUUUUCAGCAUGCUUACAUCAAUUUCUCGCACUGGGUGUCCAUGACAGAGUUCAUCUCACCGCCAGUUCCCGAUCAAACUGACGCCGAUUUGUUGAGUGCUAGAUGCAGCGCCGAAGAGUGGACUUUGCGCCACUGGCAUCGCACAAGCGCGGUCCAAUGCUGUCAUCUGCAGCCGCUCGUCGACAAGAUGAUUCCCAUUUAUUUUGACGAUCCUGCCCUCGGUCCCAGUGAUCUCAAUCGCGUGUCACAGAUAUUUAUUUCCGACAAAGCGGGGAAGAAUCGCCAUGAGCAUGACUUAGGGUUGGUCACUCGCACGCAUGAUUCAAUCCAGUGCCUAUCGAAUCUCCCCUACAUCGCUCUUCUCCUCGACCUGAAUGUGGAACCAAAGCUUAACGUUACGUUCCCGGAGAAGGAGCCAAAUCACAUCGAAACAGACCGAUGUCUGCGGAUCUACGCUUCUGGAAUAAGUGAAACCACAUUUCCAUUCUUGAGCGAACAUCCCGGUGUUGCGAGGCAGCUGCGUGGGCUUGUCUCUCGGCAGAAGGAGGCACCAUCCCAAACCAUUCUCGAAGCCCUGGUCAAAUUUGGGAGUACGGCUAGGCUACGCAACUUGCAGUGGGAAUUACAAGAUGCAUGAUAAUCCAAUACAACUCGGAUCAUAACCAGACGACUGCAGUACAGUGAAAAGCGAUGUAGGACAUGUUCCUGUGUAUGAUAGAUAAUGAUCGUAGCGCUACUGCUCUGUUGAGUCGAUCUGUUUCCACCCUUUGUGAC